ACUCUCUCUCUCCCUCUCUCACACACUCUCUCUCUGCUCAUCAGUGUGUGUUUUCCUCAGACCGUCCUCAUUUUCAGCUCCUCGUCUUCAGGAUGCUCCUCCGCUGUGGUGUGUUGUGUGUUGUGGUGUGUGUGUCGGGCCCCCUGCUGGUGUGGGGACAGAAUGAGACGGAGUCGAUCGUGCUGGAGGGGAAGUGUCUGGUGGUGUGUGACUCUACGCCCGCCGCGGAACAGUCCGGGAGCGCGCUGGGCAUGUCUGUGCGCUCGGGGGGAGGACGCGUCGCUUUCUCCGCCGUCAGGAACAACAACCACGAGCCCUCCGAGAUGAGCAACCGCACCAUGACCAUCUACUUUGACCAGGUUCUGGUGAAUGUCGGCAGUCAUUUUGAUCCGGCGCGGAGUGUUUUUCUGGCUCCUCGAAAAGGAGUUUACAGCUUCAGCUUCAAUGUGGUCAAAGUUUACAACAGACAAACAAUACAGGUGAGUCUGGUGUUGAACGGCUGGCCGGUGAUCUCUGCGUUCGCCGGCGAUCAGGACGUGACUCGAGAAGCAGCGACGAACGCCGGUCUGGUGCUGAUGGAGCGCGGAGACAAAGCCAACCUGAAGCUGGAGCGAGGAAACCUGAUGGGCGGAUGGAAAUACUCCACCUUCUCCGGCUUCCUCGUCUUCCCCUUAUAGGAGACAGCAGAAAUGCCUCUUUCACACAUGCAGACUCUUCAGGACAUCACACAUCAAAACGACUAUAGUAACUUAUAGUAAAGCCUACUGACCUUAUUCUGCCAUGCGGAGGUUAAAGCUCGUUCAUGCAAUUGUUUUAGAACUUCCCACUCAGUUUCCCAUGGGAGAAAUGACUAGGAAUAACGAAAGGCAGAAAACGGUCUGGUUCUACAAGCAAAUGUGUCCACGACUAUAUAUAAAAAGCAGAAUACUAUAAUACGACAAUAUCAGUUUCCAUCAUUAAGCAGCAGAUCCAGCUGUUUUAACGUCUAAAAUCAAUGGAAGUGAAUGGGAGUGGAAGACUCCAGCCAAAAAGAUUCCAGCGUCUGCGUCCGCUCAUACGUUAUGAAUAAGGUCAAUAGUGUUUUUGAAGCAUACAGUAAUAGUAAAGUACUUUCUGUAGUUGCUAUGGUAACACAACAACUACAUCAAUUAAAUCUGAAUACACAAUAAUGCAAACAGUUUUGUACAACAGUACACAGUUUAACAUUUCACUAAAGGCAAUAGUACAGUAAGCUGAAGUAUUUAUCAACAAAGAGUUUUAAAUAUUACAAUAUUUACAGUAUAAUACACUUUACUAUAGUAUGGUUCAAAAACGUACUACAAAUCAGAACCUUGUCAAGCGUUUUAAUUUUACAAAAUGUAGACAGCUCCUACUAGUGGAUUUGUUGUGGAUUACACAUACAACAAAACGUAACUUAAAAUAUCUCAGAUUCUUAAAAUGUAAACAUCGCCCUCUUGUGGAUUUGACAGUCGAAACUUACAACAAAGCAUACCCUAAGUAACGCAUUUCAGAUUCACAAAAUGUUGACAGCGUCCUCUAGUGGAUUUGACAUCUUUAACAUACAACAAAACGUAACUUAAGUAAUGUAUUUUUUGAUUCACAAAAUGUAGACAGCGCCCUCUAAUGGAUUUGGCAUCUGAAUCGUACAACAAAGCGUAAUCUGAGUAACGUAUUUUAGAUUAGCAAAAAUGUAGACAGCGCUCGCUAGUGGAUUUGUCAUCUUAAACGUACAACAAAACGUAACUUAAGUAAUGUAUUUUUGAUUCACAAAAUGUAGACAGCACCUCUUAGUGGAUUUGGCAUCUGAAUUGUGCAACAAAAAUGUAACUUAGGUAGUUUGGUAACUUAACUAAAUUUUUAAGGAAUCUAUUUUUUUUAUUCACAAAAUGUAAACAACGCCCUCUUUUACAUUUGGCAUCUGAAUCGUACAACAAAAUUUAACUUAAGUAACAUAGUUUUAGAUUCACAAAAUGUAGACAGCACCCUCUUGUAAAAUAGGCAUCUGAAACGUACAACAAAACGUAAUUUAAGUUGUAUAUUUUAGAUUCUCAAAAAUGUAGGCAGCACCCGCUAGUGGAUUUUAAUCUUAAAAGUACAUAAGUAUCAUAUUUUUUGAUUCACAAAAUGUAGAUAACACCUUCUGGUUGAUUUGGCAUCUGAAUCGUACAACAAAAAGUAACUUAAGUAACAUGUUUUUAGAUUCCCAAAAUGUAAACAGCACCCUCUAGUGAACUUGGCAUCUGAAACGUAGACCAAAACGUAACUCAAGUAACAUUUUUAGAUUCCUAAAAUGUAGAUAGAACAUACCCUAAGUAAUGUAUUUCAGAUUCGCCAAAUGUUGACAGCUCCCUCUAGUGGAUUUGACAUCUUAAACGUA